UUGAGUUCUUGUCUUGUUUCCUUAGGUUCCUGCCACAACUAUUGCCCAGCUUCGACAGCCAAGAUGAUGCCGAGACCCAGUCAGAGAACAAUCUGUGCUUCCAGAUCACGUAUUUCAUGCUGAAUCGCGUGGACGAGAUCCUAUCUCGAAUAUUUUUUGCUUGCUCCAAAGAGGUGAAAGCCGAAACGGACGAAUAUUGGGGGAGUGUGACUGCCGCGGUUGCUAUCGCAUAUGCUGGUCUAAGGAUACUUCAUUUGGACUUAGAAACCAGAAGCAUGAAGAUCAUGCACGGAAACUAAGACUGGCGAGAAUUGGUAUCUCAUCUACGAUACCAAAUCCAAAUGUGUACCGAGCGACUACUCUGCUUGCUACGAGAGCGUAGCCUUGGGUGCGAUCGUCCAUGGCACACAUCCUUCAAUGACACCUCGAUACUGCAUCAAGUCCCUCAUUUUCCAAGAGUCAACAUCACACUGAAGAAUAUCAGGCCAUCUGGAAGUGAUUUGGAGUUAAAUUCAAGUUUCGACUCGAUCUCCAACAAUAUCUCUUCGACCUACGAUCUAUCUGCCAGCGACCAUCUCCUCGCAGGAAUGGGGUCCAAACUCGAUAUGUGUAUGAACACUUCAAAACCAUCUACUGGCUCAUGUGGUCCUGCAAGUGCGUCUAAUUGGUGGUCGCCUUCUCAAUCCUCCAACAUGCUCCUCCCUCUCCUCGAGGAUUCCUCAGAGCUACAAUUCGGCAACAGUGAUGGUUUAUUAUCGAACGCGUCGACGCAACCGAAUUACGCAGACUGCCUCUCCAGCUCUCACUGUCAGCCACAUGAUACUCAGUAUUCGCAAUUGUGCAUGCAACCCCAUAUUUCCCCGGACACUCAAAUCUCCAUUCUCAGCAAUUUGAGUCCAUCCUUACUACACCAGUCGAUCGUCAUGAGCCAGCCUGCUCCAGGUGGCUUCGCCCUCGACCACACAUCCCCCGUGUUUCGCGAGGACAAUUUACAACCGAACAUUCCUCCAAAUGUGCCGGACUUCAAUUCUGAGUACUAAUAGUCGGUUCCCCUUUCAACCUUCGGGGACUCAG